GCGGCUGCACCGGGUGCCCGCGCCGCACUCGGCUACGGAGUAGGCUCCCUGGACCCGGCAUCGGUGGCGCAGGACCGGUGGAGGGGAGUCCGAGCCUGCGGGGCUGGAGCCCGACGGGACCAUGGUGCCCGCAGUGCGCCGCGGCGCUAUGGCCCGGGCUGGCCGACCCGGCCUCCUGGUGCUGCUGCUCGCCGUUUGCUCCCCGCUCCGGCUGCAGGCAAAGGAACCGGGUGAUGGCUGUGGAUACAUAGUGACCUCUCAGGACAGCGGUACAAUGACAUCUAAGAAUUAUCCAGGGACUUACCCUAAUCACACUGUUUGUGAAAAGACCAUCACAGUCCCAAAGGGGAAGAGACUGAUUGUGAAGUUGGGUGAUUUGAAUAUUGAAUCCAAGACCUGUACUUCUGACUAUCUUCUCUUCACCAGCUCAACAGAUCAGUAUGGUCCAUAUUGUGGAAGCUGGGCUGUUCCCAAAGAACUCUGGCUGAAUUCAAACGAAGUGACUGUUCGCUUCCAAAGUGGAUCCCACAUUUCUGGUCGGGGUUUUUUGCUGGCCUAUGCCAGCAGUGACCAUCCAGAUUUAAUAACGUGUCUAGAACGUGGCAGUCAUUAUUCAGAGGGAAAAUACAGCAAAUUCUGCCCAGCUGGUUGUAAAGACAUGGCAGGAGACAUCUCUGGGAAUGUGAAAGAUGGCUACCGAGAUACCUCUUUAUUGUGCAAAGCUGCCAUUCAUGCGGGGAUAAUCACAGAUGAGCUGGGUGGCCAGAUCAACGUACUUCAGAGCAAAGGGAUAAGUCACUACGAAGGAAUCCUGGCCAACGGUGUGCUCUCAAGGCAUGGUUCCCUGUCUGAAAAGCGCUUUCUGUUUACCUCCAAUGGAAUGAAUGUUACAACUGUGGCUAUCCCAUUGGUGAUCUUCAUUGCUCUUCUUCUGGCUGGAAUGGUGGUCUUCGCAGUCUUUAGAAGGAAAAAGAAGAAAGGAAAUCCAUAUGUAUCAGCUCAGAAAACAGGCUGCUGGAAGCAGAUUAAAUAUCCAUUUGCCAGGCAUCAGUCAACUGAGUUUACCAUCAGCUAUGACAAUGAAAAGGAGAUGACACAAAAGUUAGAUCUCAUCACCAGUGAUAUGUCAGAUUACCAGCAACCUCUCAUGAUUGGCACUGGGACAGUCACUAGGAAGGGCUCUACCUUCCGGCCCAUGGAUACAGACACUGAAGAGGCCCAGACGAUCACUGAGGCCAGUGGCCACUAUGAUUGUCCUCACCAUGCGGGUCGCCAUGAGUACGCACUGCCCUUGACCCACCCAGAGCCUGAGUAUGCCACACCCAUCGUGGAGCGGCAUCUGCUACGAGCCCACACCUUCUCAACGCAGAGGGGCUACCGAGUCCCAGGGCCAGGGCUCACUCACAAACACUCCCUUUCCUCUGGAGGCUUCCUCCCUGCUGCAGGGGCCACCCAGAGUGGAGACUAUCAGAGGCCACCAAGCCCCAAGCCUGCAGAAGGUGACUAUGACCAGCCAGCUACCAACAGCUUCUUGGCCACCGAGGCCACGGACCCCACCUCUCCAAAGCCACAGGUGACUCCCGGGGUAAAUGAUGGUUAUUCAGCACCCAGAAAGGGCCUUGCACCCCUCAACCAGACGGCUAUGACUGCUCUUUUGUGAACACAAAGUGAAAGAAAGCUGCUGCAAUACUGAGCGUGUGCUGCAGCAAGUCACUGAAGAAGUUGUGUGUGAGCAUGUGUGUGCGUGGCUCUUCAGGAUCCUAGAGAUAACCUCAUCACUGUUUACAGAACUGUGCAGCUAGUUUUGUUCUGACUGUUCCCGCAGAGCUGGGUGGUUUCUGUUAGGCUAGAAAAAUGAGAAUUGUUAUUUCUCUAACUGUGAUAGUGAGCUGCUGUGGUGUAAAAUGUGCAAUUUGUAUAGUCAUAUUUAACAGGAAUUAAAGUAACCUUUGUCAAAUAAUAGUUCUUCACGGGGGUUAGGUGAAAAAUGCAGCUUUUGUAAAGAUGUAGGUAGCACAUCAUUUUUCCUGCUAUGUUUGAGUAUCUGAUACUGUGUCAGCAGCAGGUCUGUUUAAAACCCUACCUUGUUAUGGUGACUCAUUUCCUUUUUGAUAAACGAAAAGCAUUUUUAACAUCCUUUUUCCUGGAAGAAAUGAAAUUACUUGAAAUAUGAAAAGCACACAGGGAUGGUUAGUUGCGAAUUCAACAAGCACCGCAGCAGCUCCCUGCUUCCUUAUACUGCUGGAGAGGAGUCAGGUUGGCCUUUCCUCCUGGGGCUUGCUGGGGACUCAUUUGCACUAGGCCCGAGGGAAGGUGAGUUCUAACAAACCUGCCUUGCUUCCUCCUCAUUGUGAGCCUGGCUAGUAUUAUGCGGUAUUGUGUCCAAAUCUGCCUUUCCAGUCUGCAGACCCAAAUGUUGAGACUCAUAGACUAUCCAAACUGCUCUCUCAACUUGUAAUGAAGGUAGCCGUAGCAAUUGUAGCCUGAGAGACAGCCAGGUGUUUCUGUACUUGGCCAGAUUAAAAAUAUUGCUGAACUCAGAAACCCACACUUGUCACAAUUUUUUUCAGAAAUAGGUGCGUAUUAGUGACUUCGAUUAUCCCCUGAAAAACAAACAUCUGAAAUGUAUCUUACAAAAGUGUCCAGGGCAGAGAGAAACUAAAUAGAACUUUUCUACUAAGAUGGUUAUGUGAAAAGCAGUUUUCUCCAGAAUAUGUGUCUCUAUUUCCAAAGUAGCCCAGACCUCAGCUGUACUUCAUGUUCAGUGGAAGUUUUUGUUUUGUUCUUGUUUUCUGAGUUUGUUUUGUGAAUUAACUGUGGGGGAGCUAACCUCUUUUGCCAAAGAGGAAAAAGUACGUCUUGUUUGUUAAUAGAAAAUAUGGACCAAAAAAAAGUCUUUUCUUUAAAAUAUGUAUUAUAACCCUAUUUGUGUGAUUUUCACUUUCUGUGAAAUAUAUCUGUUAAAAUAAGGUGCUGGAAGGUCAUGGCAGACACUCUUGGUUAUAAUGGGGGAUAAACCAUCACUUUGUGGCGUUUACAUGGUUUUAUGUGUAUACUAAUUGCAAUAAACUAUGCCAAAUCAGA